CCCGGAACCGGAAGUUCAUGUGUCAUUGUUGUUGUGUUUAUCUGAGACUUCUGCAGCUUCAACACUCAUAAUGACGGCUUCAGAUCUGUCAGUAAAUACCGACAGCAGGUGAUGGACAGAACCUUCAAUCUUUGACCCAAACAGCACAUGAACCCGCUUGAACUGGAUCACUUUACACUGAAUCGAUGCUCUCUGAUGAACUUGAAUCCAAACCUGAGCUGCUGGUUGAGUUUGUUCAGAACGCCUCCAUACCGUUGGGUCAGAGCCUGGAGGAAUCAGACACCAAACCAUCCUGUGUCCCUCUGCUCUCCCCUUCACAGAACUCCUUAUGCAGCCCGUUAGAACGUCCAGAGAGCGCUCUUAGUCAUGCGGCAUCCCCUUCACUGUUGGAGUUUGGACCCGAGCACAGUCCUCUGGUGGUGCAGCUGCAGUCUCCCUCCCCCCCAACACAAACCCCGCCCACCAUCAUACACGAGCUCCAGAACCAGGACAGCUCCUCAUACGUCCUUCUCAAUGUUGCCAAAGGAUUGGCUUCUUCAUCAGAGCCGCUGGUGUUUGUGCAGGAUGAUGUUGAUGAAGCAGAAGAGGAGAUCGCAGCAGGAGAAUGCACAGAUGGCAGCGCACCGUGGUACCUGCGCGUGCAGGAGCUGGCGCACGACAGUCUGAUCGCUGCCACACGUGCACAGCUCGCGAAAGACGCCCGUGCCAGCAGCAACAGUGACCACAUUCACAGCUGUCAAUCAGAGGGGCCAAAAAAAGAGCUGCUGCCUCGAGCCAGUCGUACGCCUUCAGAUAAAACGCUCAGAUGUCCCUAUGAGAACUGCCACAGGACGUUCGCCUAUCCAGCUCACCGCAAAUACCACUUAAAAACACACAGGAAUGAUCGCACGUUCCGCUGUGGAGCAGAGGGGUGUGGUAAGAGUUUUUACGUGCUGCAGCGGCUGCAGGUGCACAUGAGAACUCACAAUGGCGAGAAACCGUUCAUCUGCAACGAGAAGAACUGCGGCAAGAAGUUCACCACCGCCGGCAACCUGAAGAAUCACAAACGCACGCAUACUGGUGAAAAACCCUUCCUUUGUGAGGUGGACAGCUGCGGUCGCUCCUUCGCAGAAUACUCCAGUCUGCGCAAACACAUGCUCGUUCACUCGGGUGAGAAGCCUCACGUGUGUUCGAUCUGCGGUAAAACCUUCUCUCAGAGCGGCAGCAGAAAUGUCCACAUGAAGAAGAGACACGGCGAGGACACAAUGCCCGCCCCUGACAGCAGAGACAUGGGUGAGGCGCUCACUCACAGCAGCUUGUUGGAGGCGGAUGGCAGUGGCGGCGACUCAAUAGUGAACAUGACAACGGUGGAGUCCAUGAAUUUACAUCACGCCAUGUUGAGAACGCAAGGGCAAUAAUUAAGAAGUUCAAAUCAACUGGAGAUGUUAAGAAUCGGCCUGGAAGAGGACGUGUGUCUAUAUUGUCUCCACGCACAGUGAGGAGGAUGGUUCAAGUGGCCAAAGAAUCUCCAAGGAUCACAGCUGGAGAAUUGCAGAAAUUUGUUGGGUCUUGGGGUCAGAAAGUCUCCAAAACUACAAUCAGACAUCACCUACAUCACCACAAGUUGUUUGGGAGGGUUUCAAGAAAAAAGUCUCUACUCUCAUCCAACAACAAACUCAAGCGUCUUCAGUUUGCCAGACACUACUGGAACUUCAAAUGCGGCCAGGUUCUGUGGUCAGAUAAAACAAACAAAAAAAAGAGCUUUUUGGCAGCAAACACCAGAGAUGGGUUUGGCGUACACAGAGAUGAAGUACCACCCAAUGCCCACAGUUAAAUAUGGUGCUGGAUCUUUAAUGUUGUGGGGCUGUUUUUCUGCCAGAGGUCCUGGACAUCUUGUUUGGAUACAUGGCAUCAUGGACUCUAUCAUAUACCAACAGAUCCUAAAUCAAAACCUGACUGCCUCUGCCAGAAAGCUUACAAUGGGCCGUGGUUGGAUCUUCCAGCAGGACAAUGAUCCAAAACACACAUCAAAAAGAUCAAAAGGAUAAACAAUAAAGACAUAUUUUUCACAGCCUUCUUUGCACAUAUUUACCAAGGGUGCCAAUAUUUUAGGCCACAACUGUACAAGUGAGCUUAAGUGAGCUUAGUUUUAAAAAACAUAUUAGCAAUGUCUGUAAAAAAGCAAAUGAUCUGUUACCUUCGCAACAUUAUUUUAAGUCGUAUUUUGGCCGUGCUAUCAAAGAGUUUUAUCAAAUAUGAUAAUAACUCCCUAAACCUCUGAAACAACUUUCCUUUUCGGCUGACGUCACUAAACACUCUUAUUUUACACCAUCUAAUUAAAUCCUCAUGGAGAAAAUCGAGGGAUCAAGUUGGAUUCUGUUCCACUCAGAAACAUGUUACAUGACAGAAGUCAAAUAGGUUGAAAAUGCUGUUUUAUGAUGAUGAUGAUGAUGAUGAUGUAUUUGAAAUGGUCGGGGGAAAGUCUUUCUGACAGUUUGAGGUCUGCUGAAUUCAACGGUUUUAAAAACAUCACACUUACUGUA